UGACAGGAGCCCACACUGUGUCUGAGUCCCCCCCCAGGGGUGUUCCCUCCUGCCUCUCCCCCAGCCAGCACAAGGUUUCUCUCCCGUGCUGCCUCCCGUGGCUUUGCUGACCUUGGGGUUUUUCCAUCUGCUUACGUUUCCACUUCUGGAAAAAGGUUUAGUUUCUCCCCCCUCCCAAGUUUUUUUUGUUAAAUUCUCUUCUGGAUUUUUCGGCUUUGAUUCCCUCUUAGUCUCUGCCUGCUCCAGGAAACGUGUCACAAGCUCUGGGUUAAGGUUUUGGUUGCGGGAUGAUUUGAGUUAAUAUUAAAAUGCUUUAAACCUCCGAGCGCUUGCAUUUUUGUCAGCUUAAUUGACUCUGGUUAAACACGAUUUAAAUGUAAUUACAACAAGAAAAAUAUCCUUUUCCAUCCUUUCAAGAAGGAGAGUUGGCUUCAGCAGUCAUUUUUUUUUUUGGGGGGGGGAAUUGCUGGAGGAAGAUCUUUGAUCCACGUUUGCUGUGCCGAGGGCAGCUUUGUCAGCUCGUGGGUCCCAGCGAGUGUUCCCAACCUUUGUCACUCUGUAAAGCUUUAACCUCGUCAUGAAAGUUCCUGAUAGCAGCUGGGAGGGUCGUGCUGCAGCCAAUCCCACAGGCCAGGGCUCUGGAUCCUCGCUUAAACAAGCAAGAGUUGGUAGUUUGGCCUUCUCCUCUGAAGAGCCGCUCCUGGGGCUCGGCACGGCGAAUUUCCCAAAAGCUGAUGUAAAUUAGGGACUUUCUGUCCUCUCCAGACCGUGGGGUUUUGCUGUUGAGAGGGGUGAGAGCAGGGCUGGGUUGUGCAGGGCUGUGUUCCACGUCCCUGAGGGUUUCCAGCCCAGGGGAAGUGGCCCAGGUGUGUGUCCCAGCCAUUGUGUUCACGGGCCAUUCAUCACUUCCCAGCCCAAAAUCUGUUUGGUUUCUGAGCCCUUCUCACCUGCACCUGAGAUUUCACAGCUGUGCUGUUGCCACUUGUGCCUUUGGUCUCUCUAAGGUGAGGAGCAUCCUCUGCCAUCCCCAGAGCUGCUUUUAGUCCUGAGCACCUCCAGAAGCACAGAAACUGCCCCAAAAGUGUUUCAGUUUCCCUUUAUCACAGCUAUUCCUUCGAGCUCAGUGCUUCCCUCAGAGAUGUAGGUAGUGAGGCAGAGUUUAUUUUUAGAGGAGAAUGAAUCAUCUCCUGGUUGUGUCUUGUCUCAUUUUGCUUUGAUGAGAAGUAGAGUCAAAGAGCUGGGACCUGCUGGGUCUGGGUCCCUGAGUGCACGUGAGGGGUGAUGCUCUGUCCCAGGAGGGCCCAGCAGCUGAGCAAGGUGGAGUUUGGAAGUGCUGAGCUGCAGGGACAGAGCCUGGGGGUGCAGCAGCUCCCUGGGAUUCCCUUCUCAGGUUGUUUUGUUGGAGGAUUGCUCUGAACUCUGCAAAGGGAAACGCACGCGUGUCCUUUCACCCCGAACUCUUUCCAGUCCUUUCUGUUUCCAGCUCUGUUCUUGGGCUGAGAUUAAUGAGAGGGGAAAGACUGCUGCUGUUGGGAAGUUUGAGGGCAGGAAUCGUGGUCCUUGUUUUGCUUCUCUCAUGGUUGUCUUGAACCUCUCCUGUGUUUGGAGGCUUCUUGUUACCGGACUGGGGCUCGUCCUUGCAGCCAACAGCUUUGGCACGAGGUGUGACCUUGGCAGAGGAAUUAUCUCUAAAGCUGCUGCAACUGCUUCCUUAUCCUUGUGCUUUGUGUUUGAGGCCUGGUAGUGAGCCACUCCUUAACUUCAGUACCCAGGAGGCCAGGCUCCGAAAUAUCCAACUUCCUCAUCUGGGAGUUGGUGGAUGGGAGCUGGAUUAUUGGCUUUCACCUUUUAAAGUCCAGCAGGAGCGAAGUGGAGCAUCUUUCAGUGGCUGGAGGAACUGUGGUAGUGGCCUGUGGGGCGUUUGAACUUCCUGGGGGGAGAAUUUUUGCAGAAGGGGGGUUUUGUUGUCUACGUGGAAGGAGCAAAAACCACUGUCACCCAAAUGCCUCUGAGCAGCUCUGGGAAAGGGACCUUGGAGGGCUCCAUCUUGUGCUGUGGGAGGGAGCAUUUCUCCCUGCCAGGUUCCAGGCUGGAAUGCAGCAGUUCCUCUUGUCUUGUCCCAUUUUCAGCCCCCUCCCUCUACUCGUGGUCCUCGUUGCCCAUUCCCGAGGUGAGAAGUUCCCGUUCUCCCCCCCAGCAGUGUGCAAGUUUGUCUUGGCACUUCCAAAUCCCCUUGGCUGCAGGUUUAAGGAAAUGAUUGGUGUCUGCUGAUGUGUGCAAGGUGUAGGUGAUCCCCUGGGGGGGACGGGGCAGGGCUCAGGUAAGUUCAGGAGGAAUCCUGGCACAGCGCAGGCGACGCUUGGUUAGUAGAGAUGUCACUAAUUCCGUAAGUCAUACAGUUUCUGCUCCUUGACAUAUGUUUUUUUACCUUCCUUUCUAGGAAGGGGUCUGGAGGAGGGAAAAUUUCCCUUUCUGGUGAAAGGGGACUGGAGCAUUAUGACAGUCAAGUCUUUAAAAGCUUAUGAGUUCCCAGAGUCCGGGCCGGUAGCCGCUGCCUCCGCUGAUGUUGUCGGAUGUCAAUAGAGAGAGGUUGAAGGCAACACUUCUAAUGGAGCAGGUGACAUCCAAGGGGGCUGGCUUGAACCCCAACGCCAAAGUGUGGCAAGAAGUCCCCCAGGGGAGUGGUGAGGCCGUGCCCCCCUCAAAUGGCACCGAGCACACGUGGCAGGAGACGGCGGCGGCCCAGGGGACUCCGGCCGAGGGUAACAUAGAGCUCUCAGAGGACAGCUGCAAGCAGUAUGAAGUGAUGUAUUCCCCGUCCUGUGAAGCCACCAGGAAUGGCACAGGAGCCGACGAAGCCUCUGCCAACGGGAUUGUCCUGGCCACCGAAGACCUGGGAUACCAAAUCUAUGAAGUGUCUGGUGACGGCCCCUCCGCCGUGUCCACGGAAGACAUCAGGGAAUGUUUGAGGAAACAACUUGAAUUCUGCUUCUCCCGUGAGAAUCUUUCAAAGGAUCUCUACUUGAUGUCUCAGAUGGACAGCGAUCAGUUUGUUCCAAUAUGGACAAUUGCCAACAUGGAAGGGAUUAAGAAGCUGACAACAGAUAUGGACCUUAUUCUUGAAGUUCUGAGAUCUUCUCCCAUGGUACAAGUGGAUGAGAGAGGGGAGAAGGUCAGACCAAACCACAAGAGGUGCAUCAUCAUCCUCCGUGAGAUCCCCGAGACAACACCCAUAGAGGAGGUGAAGGCCCUGUUUAAGAACGAGAACUGCCCCAAGGUGAUAAGCUGUGAGUUUGCUCACAACAACAACUGGUACGUUACAUUCCAGUCGGACACAGACGCGCAGCAGGUAAGGCCCCUCCAACCCCAACAUCCCCCUUGGGGGUUUGGUUUGUCUGGAGAAGCCCCCUUUCCCAAUGGUGGAUUUGUGAAUGGCUUUAACACACCAGGAUCCUAUAAAACAAAUGCUGCUUCCCUGAGUAUAGGUCGCCCAUUCCAUAGGAAUCGGGUGAAGCCCCAUUUCCGCUCCUCCUCCGGCUCGGAGCACGCGGAGGGGCCGCCCGCCCUCGGGGCCGUGCCCAUGGGGGACCUGGGCAGAGCCAGCUCCAGGAAUUUCCUCAUGGAGCGGCACAGCAGCCCCUUAACCGGGCACCAAGAGCAGGGCUAUUCCCAGAAGGAUUCUGCCACGGCCCAGCUGGAGCAGAACGGGGAUUACGGCGUCGGCAGGGGCAGGAGGAACGUGUUCCGAGGUCGGAGGAGACGGGACGACGACCGGGUUUCAAGACCUCAGCCUUCAGCAGAAACAAAGACUCAGACACCAAAGUUUGACUUGCUUGCAUCAAAUUUCCCACCUUUGCCUGGCAGCACAGCAAAAAUCCCAGGAGAGCCUGUGCUGGAGAGCAGGAUGUCCGACGUUGUGAAAGGAGUCUGCAAAGAGAAGGAAGGCAAAGACUCGCUGCCCACCUGCCCGGCGCCUGCAGCCCCCGAGGAGUCUCCCUUCAGUCUCCUCCAACUGAACAAACCCAGUGCCCUGAGCUGCUGCUCCAGACCCUUCCCCAUCCUUCUCAGCACGGUUCUGCCAGAGAGCAAAGCAGAAGAAGCGUCUGCUCCGAAGGACGUGGCCAGCCAGGCUUCCCCACCGGCCUCCCUGUCCCCUGUCAGUGCUGCAAAGCCACCAAGGACAAACUCCUCCUCACCUUCUGCUCAAGCAAGUGCAGCUCCUGCUCUGUCUACACAGGAGCCCCGCAAGCUCAGCUACGCCGAGGUUUGCCAGAAGCCCCCGAAGGAGCCGCCCCCGGUGCCCGUCCAGCCCCUGCGGGAACAUCGCGCCAACAUCGUCCCUCCCGCCAAACCCGAGGAGGACGCGCCGGCCGAGAGGGCUCCGGAGAAGGCUCCUCUUGCCGAGAAGGCCGAAGGUCGGAUGAAGGAUUACCCCGGGUUCCGUGGCCCUGGAGGAGCUGCCAGGGGAGCCGCCGGGAAAAUCAGGGAACAGAGGCGCCAGUUUGGACGCAGGUCUUCGCCUCAGGGAGCCCCGCGGCGCGUCGGGAAGGAGCAGUUUGUGCCGCCGCGGUCACCAAAGUAACGCCGGGCCGGCCCCUGGGCCUCUGGUUGGUUGGAGCUGUUGGGCUGAGGAGCAGCAGAGACUGGCAAGGAGGAGGAGGAGGAAAGAUUCAG